AAUCAGUCGAUUUAACAGACCCCCUCAAUUAUUUUCUCAUUUUUUGCUUCAAUUUCUCCAUUUUUCCACCAUUACAAUAUCAGGAGCUGAGUAGGUGAUGGUUGGUUAGAACAAUCGUUGCAGUUGAAGUUAUAGAAGAAAUGGGUGCCUGUGCUUCAACACAUCGCAAAGCUUCUGCUAUGAAGGUACAUGUAUCAUCUGGAUUUAAUCGUAAACCAGACGAUCAUCCCUUCAUCCCUCCUUCACCUACUAAAGAAAAACCUCCGAUCAUCAAUGGCAAUGUUGCUGUUAAACCUCAGUGGCCUCCUCUUCAUUCAACCGAAAGUUCUCGCGAUUUUGCUAGUAAAGAGGAGACGUUUUUCGAUUCCCAAGCAUGGUUAGAGUCGGAUUGUGAAGAUGAUUUCAUGAGUGUUAAUGGAGAAUUUACACCGUCAAGAGGCAAUACUCCGGUACACCAUAGCUUCUCUGCCGGAAUCCUGCGAACCAAGGGAGGAGCCGCCACCAUUGAUGACCAGAAACCUUCUAUUACCCCAUCUAAUCCAACAAAGAAGAAAAUGAGACUUUCCGAUCUUUUCAAUGAAAGCCUAAGAGAGAAGCAUGAUGUCGAUGAGGAAAAUGAUGAAGCAGCCAAUGAAAAUGGGGUGGUCGGGAGACAUGGAGCGGUGGCUGUAGAUGGUGGUGGUGGGGGGUUUAAGCCAAAGAGGGAGAGGUGGGCGGAGUCUGUGCAGGUGCACGGCUGCUUACCGAGAUUGCUUUCUAGCUGUAGGCCCGUAACUCCUCAACAAACAGAAGGACAAACCAAAUGAGGCCCGCCCCAGAGCAGGGCUAGGAUCGUUGUUGGGUUUUGUUGGUUCCCUGUCUCUAUUCGUGUCGAUUGUAUAGUAAUGAAAUGCGGUGCAUCCGGAUAUCUGAUUAUUACAUAAAGGCAAGUAUACGUGUAUGUUUUUCUGGAUAUCUAAAGGCCAGAUUGUACCGAAACAGAACAACUUUUUAAAAAAAUGGGUGAUUUCCAUGA